CACGGAUUCAACAUGGCGGUCGUUCCCACCUAGAAAAUAUUCAUUUUCACGAUUUUUCGAUGAAUUGUUGCUGCUCUUCCCUCGGAUUAUCAACCGUUGUGCCCGGCUCAUGAAACAGCACCAAGUCUUGACCGGGGCGGUCAACCCCGGCGACCACUGCUUCGCCGUGGGCAAUGUUGACGGUUCGCCAUUCACGGCGUAUGGGUCGGGAUGUGAUCUGGUCAUUCUGGGCAGCGAUUUUCAGCGUGUCCAGAUCUUCCCCGGAACAUCGCGAGGCAACAUCCAGGUGGGAUGUGUGGACUGCUCGCAGAAUGGAAAGAUUGCAGCUUCGUACGCCAACAAUGUCUACAUCUUUGAGCCGUACCCUGGAACCAGCAAGACAGGAGCAACUAAUAAGCUGGGUAUGGAGUGGCAGGAGACGGGAGGUUUCAGUGUGGACUCUCUUGUCACAAACCUCUCCUGGAACCAUGAUGGUACAAGGUUGUUGGUGGGCAGUAACUCCAUCCAGUUGUGGGGCUGUCCUGACCUGAUGGAGAAGGCUGAUGGGAUGGAGGAGGAGGAGGAGAUGGAUGCUGCAUCUGCUACAGGAACAGUGGAAGAACUACAGAGCACCUGGGCAUGUAUCUGGCAGUGUCGAACAGCUACAGCUGUCUGCCACCUGCAGUUCUCACCUGAUGGGCAGCUGUUUGCUUCAGCUGGAAAGGAGGAUCGGUUGGUGAAGAUCUGGUUUGACUCUCGGCAGUGGAGAUCAGGCCUGCAGCAGGACUGGAAAACAGGCGGCGGGGAAGAACCGGUCUCAACCGGUCUGUACUCCUUCAUCUACAUCGCCCACCCCCGGGCCGUCACCGGCUUCUCCUGGAGACGAACCAGCAAGUACAUGCCCAAGGGUUCAAUAGCCAACUGCCUGGUGACCUCCUGUCGUGACAAUAUCUGCCGUAUCUGGUGUGAGACGGUUCUCCCGGAGCACAGCCUGGCACUACCGCAGCAGGAGCGCGGCCUCAUCGACUCAGAGAGCUACCAGGCAGCCCCACAGCGCCACACCUCCAAGUUCGCUCACACAGCACAGCUUUUUAAACCUGUCUUCCAAACAGUGAACAAUCGCAGGGUGGCCGUCCCCUUCAGGAACGUAACACAGGAAAUCCAGGCCACAGCCUUUCAGUUCCUCUUCUCCACUCUCAGAAAGGGACGUCCACAGAAAAAGAACAAGAUCCGACAUAACCUUAAGGUGAAGAGAAGACAGUCCCAUCCAGCAGGGGACCUGACAUCAGGGCAGUCCACCCUCACACCACAGAGACACUCUCUGUCAGGGGAGAUGCCUGCACUCAACACCCUACACUUCCACCUCUCAGUCACUAUCAACCUCAGCACAGACAUUCCCCUCCUGCCCGUGGUUGCCGGUAGCAACGAGGACAAGUCGUUUGUAGUCCACUGGCUGAACAACAAGGAGCUGCAGUUCACGCUGGUGAUGGAGCUGUUCCUGCGGCAGCUGCGGGAGCUGGAGGAGCAGGAGCGCCCCCUGGCAGUCUCCGACAGACCUGACUCCGACAACGAAGAUUACCUAACAGAGGAUGAUGCCAGAAACGAGCUUGCCUGCCACCCCGUCUUGCCCCUCCUCCUCACCACCUCGCACCACAACAUUCCCCACGUGGAGGUGGACGACACUUGCUCCAUCGGCAGUCGCAGUCGCAGCUCCAGCCGGCUGUCGUUCGAGAGCGGAAAGGACACGUCCGACCCCAUGGAGAUGAUAAAAGCCAGGCUGCGACAUGCCACGGGAGAAUCCAAGCAUGGAGGGACAAUACCAGAGGACGAGGAUACUGUGUUCCCCAUCAGUAAGGACCUGAGACACCCCCAUGGUCUGUGCAGUGAGCUCAUCCUGUGGAGAGUGGACCCUGUGGGUCCUCUGUCCUUCUCAGGCGGGGUGACAGAACUUGCCCGCAUCAACUCCUCGCACAUCUCAGCCUUCUCCAACGUGGCGUGGGUCCCCACCCUGCUGCCCAGCUCCUCCCUCGGCGGCAUGUCCAACUCCUACAGCGCCUGCUUCGUGGCCUCGGACGGGGACAGUCUGCGACUGUACCAGGCCGUGAUCGACGCUCGCAUGCUGCUGCAGGAGACCGCCAACAUGGAGGCAGAACGACUGGCUGAGAGUGAAGGGUUCAGCAGUGGACCAGAGUCUGUGGACAUGGCAUGGGAGAAACGGGAGCCGCUCUUCAAAAUAGUCAGUCAGCAAUCCACCAAGAGACCAGGCUGUGUCAUUGAACUGGAUACCAUCACUCAGGCCAAAAGGUCCUGGAAGAGCACCCAGCUGCUGCAUGUGUUCCAGGAAGAGUUUCUGCUUGGCCAGAAGCAGGCAGGAGAGAUGAGCAUCAGCACUGAGCCUGUGGACACCCAGCCUCUCCACUCAUCAGGGUAUGAUGAAGGUUUCUACCUGGUUGUUCUGGAGAAGGUUGAGGAGACGUCUGUCCUGCACAUGUGGUACAUCGAGAUCGUCUCCCAACUACAGACACCAGCUGCCCGAGACAUGACACCGAAGUUCAACUCCGAGUACGCCCACGACAGCGACACCUCGCCGGAAACGUCCGAGCCAAACAGCCCGACGACGGGAUACACUCCAUCGUUCCACACCCCCACCUCCAAACUUGUCAUCACAUCUCACAAGGUGUAUGAAGCAGCACUUAGUCUCCCAGAGGGGGUGCAGGUGGUUGAUGCAACACCAGCGGCAGGACAUCUCAGCUCCGCCUCCAUCUACCCAGCAUGCCUUGCACCCUAUCUCAUCGUUACGGCAUGCUCUGAUGGGAAGGUUCGCUUCUGGCGAUGUAACGUCUCCAACAAGGCUUCCGAGUUCGAGGAAUUCAGCGGUGUGAUGUCACCUGUAGACUUUGUCAGGGCCCAGGAUAAGAAGUACAGGUGGGUUGAGUGGGAACUGAUGGUGUCGGAGAAGAAUGCCAGCAGUGCAGUACAGGUGGAUGGGGAACCUGUGGCAAUCAGCAGUGCUUACAAUGGGAGAUUUGCCUGUGGAUUCAAGGUGCUAAAUGUUCCAUCAGACAAACAGACUGUUCCCUUGGACAAUAACGCUGCUUUCUGUGUAGCCAUCUUUGAAUGUGAGUCCACUGGCGGCUCAGAGUGGAUUGUUGAGGACACGUUGUUUCUCUCGGUGCCGGACACGUCCCCCGAUCGAGCACUGGUCCCUCCGCAGCAGACCAAGUACCAGGUCCUGCAGCUGGACUGGGUGUCAAAGGAGGACGGCUCACACAUCCUAACAGUGGGGGUGGGUCCCAAAGUCUUCAUGUACACCCCCGUAUCCCCCGCCCUACACUCCUCGUCAGAGCAGGGUGUCGAAGUUGCUCCCAACGGCCUCCUGGCCUCCAUGUUCUUGCCAGUGGCAACGCUCAGCCACAAGAAGGAGAACCAGCGCUGGAUGCUCCUCCGCAGCAUUGAUCUCCUCACGCCCGACGGGUUAGAAGCACAUUCCAUGUCACUGUCCUGGGUUCGGGACGGCAUCCUGGUGGUUGGGCUGGGAGAUGAGAAGCACGUGUACUCCCAGUGGUCCAGCAAGACAAAGGAGGAGGAGAAGGUCCUGUUGGCAGAAGACGUAGCAUCCCAGGACAAUCUUAGCUCCAGAGAUUCCCCCAGUAGCACCCCCAGCACCUCCAUCCUCAGUAGAAUAUCGGCCCAGGGUAACAAAACUAGCCCGGAGAAGCCACCACCAGCUGAGGUUCAGAGUAAAACAGACCUGAGUCAGAACAAGACCCUACAUGACAUUGGACUGUUUGAGGCAGCGUAUCUUGCCUCCCCCACCCUCCCACAGUACCACCCCCAACAGCUCAUGGAGAUCAUGAACUUUGGAAAGUUCCGGCGUGUGCGGGCGAUCCUGUCCCACAUUGUGCGGUGCAUCUCGUCUGAUGACCAGGUCACUCUCCCCGCAGAGCAGGACACGUCUGGGGAUGAGACGGACCGGCGACGACACCUCACCCGUGGUCUGAGCAUGCUCAGUCGUUCCUACAGCAUCAGUGCAGACCCGUUUGAACAUGGCCAGGAGGGACAUCCUGACUUUGUGGAGCUGGAGUCCAUCCCACCUCUGCCCCUGUACGCCCUCCUGGCUGCAGACAGUGACAAAUCAGCCUUCCUACAACAGGAGGAUGCACCAACAAAAUCCACCGAGAACAAUGCAGACAAAACUGAUGGCGAUGCCUACAGCACACUGUUUGAACAUCCAGACCUCAACGUGGACGAAGACUUCAUUGCUUUCACUGCCAAGAGCAAGCCACAACCAAAGACGAUUUCUCUCAAGCAGUUCCCGCCGACGUACUUCGGGCCGGAGCACGCAAGGAUCCUGACCAAUCAUCUCACACACUCGCGACUGCCGGGGUUGUCCAGUUUAGAACAGAUGCAGCUGUUGGCUGUUGCAGACACGCUGGCACACACACGGACAGAGUUCAGUGAAGGCACUUCCACCACUGCAAACAGUGAGACGGUGGAUGGGUGUGGCCUGAGGUACCUGAUUGCCAUGAGACACCACCUGUACCUGCUCAGGUCCCUCCCACCUGUGCAGAGAGCUCAGGUGUUCCGACAGGGCCUUGCCACCUCCAACUUUGCCUGGGCCUUCCACUCAGAAUCGGAGGCAGACCUGCUAAACAUGAUUCCCAGCCUGCACAAGGGCCAGCCCACCUGGAAGGAGCUGCAGGCACUCGGGGUCGGCUGGUGGCUACGCAACAACAACACUCUCAGGACCACCAUGGAGAAGGUGGCCAAGGCAGCAUUUCAGAAUAAGAAUGAUCCUAUGGAUGCAGCGCUGUACUACAUGGCUAUGAAGAAGAAAACACUGGUCUGGGGGCUGUUCAGGUCUGUAAAGGACAAGAAGAUGAUGGACUUUUUCCACAACAACUUUAACGAGGACCGGUGGCGGCGGGCUGCGCUCAAGAACGCUUUUGCGCUCCUGGGUAAGCAGCGGUUUGAGCAUGCGGCAGCAUUCUUCCUGCUGGCAGGCUCCCUCCCUGAUGCCAUCGAGGUCUGCAUCAACAAGCUGGAGGACCUGCAGCUGGCCAUGGUGGUGGCACGGCUGUACAGCUCCAACCUGGAGCAGGAUGUACCCGACAGUCAGAAACAGGUGCUGUAUGAGCACAUCCUGGGCCUGAGUGAUGCUGGGGAGGAGCGGGAGGAAGGGAAGAUCCACCCGGAUCCGUUUCUCCGCAGCAUCGCCUACUGGCUGCUGAAGGACCACACCCGCGCGCUGAACUGCCUCCUGCAGCAGCCCAAACAGGACGACAUGGACAGUCCCAGCAGUGUCCGCUCAGCCAAGGGCAGCGAGUACUCCGCUAACCCAGAGGUCUUCAACUUCUACAACUGGUUACGAACCCACCCCCUCCUCCUGCGCAGGCACCUGUCCACGCACGAGGGGUCCGUCCGCGGAGCACAGGCCACCAACUCCUCCUUUAGCCGGGUCGGGUUACACGCCAGCCUGACUGCCUCGGAGAAGGGGCUCGCAGACAAGAUCACGCCGAUCGAGCGGCGACUCUACUUCACCACGGCACACGCACACUUCACGGCAGGCUGCCCCAUGCUGGCCCUAGAGGUUUUGUCCAAACUUCCGCAGGUCACGGAGAAAAGCCCCGACAACUCCUGCAACUCCACGGUCGUCGUCAACACUCCCGAGGACGAGGAGAUGAUCUCAAAGGGCGUCAUCACCAUCACACAGCCCAGCGCUGACAAGUCGCGGAUCGACAGCGUGUCUUCCCUGGACUGGAGCAAACCUGUCGUAUCCAGUACACCUGGCCCUCCCACCUUAGACUGGAGUCAGCCGGCAGUUAGUAUGGACUGGAGCCAGCCGGUUUCCACCCUGAACAAUGGGGACAAAUUAGAACUGGACUGGGGAAAUGAUGAUGAUGAUGAAGUUGAAGAUGAAGAUGAAGAGGAUAUGAAACCAAUGACAACUGGUGAUCCAAACAAGCUGGCUGUUCCAGCCAUUAACAAGCAGGCCCUGUUAGCCAGCCCUAUGGAGACAGAGAUAGACCGCUGCAGGAAGGUGGACAUCAUGGCUCAGCAGCUGAAGUUCAUCGCGUGUCUGAAGAUCCUGAUGCAGGAGCUGCGCACGCUGGCCACAGGGUACGAGGUGGAUGGGGGACAGCUCAGGUACCACCUCUACAUGUGGCUGGAGCGUGAGAUCGACGCUCUCAGGAAACUCUGCAACUACAGGUAUGGAGGACUUGCUGAUGACCUAGAUGACCUUGAGAACCUGAAGGACAGCAGAAGACCAAGUGACAGCCAGUACAGCGGGCAGGACAGUGGCGAUGAGGACACGAAAAAGCGUACGCUCCACGAGAUCCUGCUUGCCGAGAAGAUGGACUUUGAAGCCAAACGCCAGAGGUCUGCCCGUCGGAAACACUGGCUAAAGAGGAACCACGAGCUUCUGCGAACCUUCCUGAGCUACUGUAGCCUGCACGGGGCGGGAGGGGGAGGGCUAGCCUCCGUACGGAUGGAACUGAUCCUCCUGCUGCAGGAAUGCCAACAGGAGAAGACUCAGCAGCAGCUGCUGUCCCCCCUCCCCUUCCCCACCAUGCUACCAUUAGUCACCGCUAGCGUGGCCAGCUCCAAGACCGUGGUCGCCGACCCCAUCGCUCACAUCGUCCGCAUGACCCACGACAUCCUCCACACGGUGGUUGCCAUGACGGCCCCGCCCUCUCCUAGCGAGACCAACACCACGGUGUACAAACUCCAGACGUUGAGUGCUGCAGUGUCAGCCUGUAUGUAUCAGUGUCUGUGUGACAGCGACACCUAUUACCUUCAGCUGCAGGGAGAUGUGCUGGAUGAUGGUCUGGACCAGUGGAACAGUAUCGUGUACCACCCCCAGCACCUGAUGGAGGCUGGCAGGAAGAGACGCAUCAGCAGUGGGGAGGACAACGCAACCCCCUCAUCUGCACCCGCCAAGUGGCCAGGUGUGAGUUCCCUACAGACCCUGCUGGCUUCUGAGCGUGAUGAGGACCAGCCCAAGCUGAACGUGCUCCUGAGCGAGACGCUGGUGGCCGUGUACGUCAGCCUGCUCAUCCACGGGCUGGCGGGGAAGGCCGCCAACGAGCUCUUCCACCUGGUGGCACAUCCCUUCGACGCCAAGAUGUGGGCGGCAGUGUUCGGCGGAGGGGUGAAAGUUCAGCUGAAGCAGGCUGCACAGAAGCCAGCCAUGUACUCAAAUGCCCGGGAUGCCAUGGACAAACAGCGUCUCCGGCUGAACCUGAAGCUGCUGGGGAAGGCCAACAUGCCCAGCCCUGCCCCUGCCGCCGAGGACAAACCUGUGUUUAAGGAGAAGUUCAUCCCACCUGAAGUCUCCAUGCUGGACUACUUCAUCACUAAGCCAUACAUUCCUCCUGGCCAGAACGCCAUUGACUAUGACUCGGAUGAGACGGUGGAGAGUGAGUCUGAGGAUGAGGAUGCGGACAGUCUGAACAUCUCCGUCACAGAGGCACAGCUCCAGGAACACUCCGACCCCAACUCCUACAGCUGGAGCCUCAUGAGGCUGGCUCUGGUCAAAAUCGUCUUCCACAAUGUACAGAACUUCCUUCCAACUGCAGGCAUAGAGAUGGCUGAACUCCCCGUAGCGUCCCCGCUGCUCCACGCCGUGCUGAAGAACCUGGAACUCUGGCAGCAGAUGCUGAUUGGUCGUCUGGAGCUGUUCAACGGACCCCCGCUGGACUACAUCCCGCUGUCGGGGGUGGAGUCGUCAGGAGGCCCAGCACUGCUGCGCUACAAGGCUAUGCUGGAACCAACCAACACUCCCUUCAGGUCCAACCACCGCUCCGCCCUGCCGGCCAAGCGACUGUGGCACCACCUAGUACACCAGGAGGUACUGCAGGAUGCCUUCAUCCGCUACUGCUUCACCAAGAAGGCGCACAUGCAGGAGUUUGAUGAUGCCUAUGGUAAGGCUGAGACGGGCGGGGUGUCUGAGGAGGUAGACUCAGGGACACAAAGUCAGACCCCGUCCACUGAAAAUGCAGAACCUGUCGACCUGAUGGAUCAGCUUACACGGGAUGAGAUCCGGGCUGGGGGACGAAUCCGCAUCAUCCACAAGGAGAACGAAAUCAUCAACUGUUUCUGCACCAAUCAGGCCAAUCCUAACUGCAUAGUGGUGGCGAGUGCCAGUCAUGUACAGGAGCUGGACGUGUCAGCGAUACUCAACCCACAGCCGUAUGUGUGGAUCGACGAGGAACAACCAGACAUGGAGUCUGUCAUCGGGCCAAAAAGUGCCCCAGGAAACAGUGAGAUGGGAGAGUUCUUGUUUGUCCACACGGGGGUGGAGAGAAAAGGCAGCGUGUCAGCCCCAGCCUCUCCCAACCCACACGGCCCAGGACCAGCCAUGCUCCACAGCCUGGGGUACGGGGGGAUGCAGACAGGCAGGGGGGGCAACGUGAUGCUGAAGAGGAGUGUGUCAGGAGUGCGGAGAAUGGCCUCACAUCCCACAUUACCAUACUACUUGACAGGAUGUCAGGAUGGCAGUGUUAGGAUGUGGGAGUGGGGACACGCCCAGCAGAUCUCCAUCCACAGGACAGCCGGCUACCCCAGGGUCAACAGGGUCAGGUUCAACCUGCAGGGCAACAAGUUUGGAGUGUGUGACAGUGAGGGAUAUCUGUCAUUGUGGCAGCUGGCAGUCAGCUCCUCAGCCACAAACAAGCCCUUCUUGACUCGGCAGUGCCAUAACAAACAGACAAGCGACUUUGUCUACAUCAACUCCUCCAGCUUCCUGUCUACUGCUGGGCACUCAUCUGAUCACAGGAAUGUCUGUCUGUGGGACACCCUAAUGCCACAUAGAAGCUGCCUAGUUCAAGGUUUCACAUGUCACGAGAGCGGGAGUCCAGCGAUAGUGUACGCACCCCAGCAGCAGCUGCUCAUCUCCAGUGGGAGGAAGGGAGACAUCUGUAUAUUUGAUGUGCGGCAGCGGCAGCUCAGGCACACGUUCCAGGCGCACGAGUCGGCCGUCAAGUGUCUGGCGCUCGACCCGACCGAAGAGUUCUUUGUUACGGGGUCUGUAGAUGGAGAGGUCAAGGUGUGGGGACUGCUGGUGCACAACCUACUGUACUCCUUCCCCGCCGAGCACAUGCGGACGUCCAUCUUCCGUAACCUGGGCGCCGGCGUGACGCAGCUCCACCUGGGGCCGACCAAUCACAUGUUCUCCUGCGGGGCGGACGGCACGCUCAAGUGGCGCCUCCUUCCAGACAGGGACAACCUCCUGCAGACGUUGUGAAAGCCGCUAGGGGGCCAGCUAUGCAGCCUGUACACACAUGGCAACCCGGGACGGUGGUCACCGUAGUAGGAAAACGUUUAGCUCCGUGGUGUACUGGUGUAGCUUAAAGGCUAUUUUUACAGAAAAACAAAAAUGGAGAGGUUUUUCUGCUCAAAUGUGCAAUUUAGAUGAUCCCCUCAUCAGAGUUCUGUAGGUAUAUAUAUAUAUAUAAUUAUAUAUUAGUCAUGUAUCUUGCAGAUUGCUGCCUGGGGUGUUCUUGCCCUUGACCUUGGCAAUCAGAGUCUCCUUUUUGCUAAAGGAUGAGCUGACAACAGAGUUUAACCUUCUCCCUACUAAGCCAGCCUUCUGGCACCACUGUUGUAUUACUUGCAGGGUUAGGCAGCAGGGAGAAGGCUAAAAUGCUGUAAUAGGAUUGGUUCAGAGUCCACAUCCCUGUAUCCCCCCAUCCUCAUCUGUAUAUGUAUCAGACGUGAUCCCCUCAAUCAUAAAAUAAGACUUCACCACAUCUGACAAUGCUCCGUCCCCAGUGGAAAUGUCAACAAGAACUGGGCAGUUCUGCAUUUGGAGUGCUGAGAAAGUUUGUGGGUUUUCGGAGCCCAUUUGGAGUAGGAUUUUGACCUGCAACUUGUGGUAGUGAGAGGUUCUAGCAUCGUUUCCACACCAAACUGCUUACUGCUAAAGCAACACUUUUAUCUCCAAAAAUGACCCACAAAAAGCACUGGUGGAAUUAUGGAUGUGGUCUAUUGAAUGAGAGGACUUCAUUUUAGCCUGAAUCAUUAGAAAGAUUGUAACAGUUGAGUAGGGUUCUCACAGGGUUCCCUCAUAGAUUAAGUAGUAAAUAUUCUACAUAUAUUUACUUCUGAGUACUCCAAAUAUUUCCUUAUAAACAAAUACAACUAAAAACGUUUGAAAAGUGUGUCUAUUUGAUGGUAUCUUUACAUGUAUUUUUGUCAGUAAGUUUUAUGUUUUGUCAGAGUUAUUUGAUAAAGAUUCAAGCAUUUUCUUCUAUAUCUUUUGAUUUAAAGUAGGCAGUGUUAACUAUUUCAGUACUGUCACAAGAUGCCAGUUUUAUGCAUAUCUUACCAUCUCAUGUGCAAUGGAAUGGUGUAGUGGGACUAAGUUGUACAAAGAAGCUCUAGACUCUGGACUUGUGGAUCAGGAGUAUCAUGAUACUAUACAAUACAUUGGUGCAUUGUGGGGAUUUGUUCCAAUUCACUGGAAUUUUUACACAUCACCCCCUAUAGGUAGUAUGUUUCAAGUUGUGCAAUUUACAUGAUUUGUUAAUGAUGUAACUAUUUAAUUGGUACAGUUGAUUUUUCUUUUUUUUUCCAGAAGAAGAUUCUGUUUUAGUGUAAUUGGUGUACAUGCAAUUUGGAAUCAUUGGUAAUGCUUUUGUUGUAAUAAGUAAUGUUGUUAACACAUUUUGUACUGUAGAUCAGCAUUGAGGGCAGCAGAGUACACUUAUAUAUAAUACCAUGUGUGUACAAACUUUUAGCUUAUCUGCAAAGGAGUCGUCAGCUUUUUAUUUGAACUCAAAUCACUUUAAAAGGAAUUCUGACACAUCCAAUGAUAAUAUGUGCAAUUGAAGGGGAAAGACUAGCAUUUGUGCAGUUCUAUCGUCCAUGUACCAAGCUCUAACGUGAACUAAUGUAAAUAUGAAGGAUAAUUUUACUUUUUUGCUGGCUGCCUUGUCUGUCUGCAAUUGUAAAGUACAUAUCAGUGUUGUUCUAUUGUCUCGUAAACCAUCUUGUCAUGACAGAGGAAGUUGUGAAAACAAGGAAUAAAGAGAAGUUGAAAGAUU